AAACAAAACAAAAUUGGCAAACAUUCAAACGAAUUUGCAAAAUAUUAAGCAUUUGCAUAAAUUUUAAUAUAAAUCUAAAAAAAUCAAUCGAAAUUAUAAUGAAAUUUUUGGCCUCAAAGCGUGCGGUACAUGUAGAAGUGUGUUUAAAACAAUUGGCGGGAAGACUGGAACAAGUUCAAGCUCAAUUGGAAGAACCUUUGAAGGAUUUAUUAAGUAAAAAACAAUUGCCUUUCAAUGAUAGCAUUAAGUUACAAAAGGAGGAAUUGGAAAAUGAUGUGCUGCACAGUGUGGAAAGUGUGUUGCUGGAGUGUGAAUCGAAAAAGGAAGGAGAGUUAACCUGCCCCGAAGAUGCUGAAUUUUUCAUAUUCCAUUUCUAUUGGCCUCAGCGACGUGCCAUGGAAUUGGAAAUGUUUGACAGUGAAGCUGGAGCUGGCGCAGACGAUGAUUCUGGCUCUGUGCCUUCUUCCAAUCAUUGGAUUUUACCUUCCCAUUCGUUUGAGGGACUAUGGGAGCAUUUGAUCUAUGACCUAGGUCUUAAAGAGAAACUUUUAAAGUUUGCCCUUUCAGCCUUGCUAUUUUCGCAACACAGCGUUAAUCACAAUAUAAUAUCCUGCAAUCGUUUAAUAUUGUUACAUGGUCCACCCGGCACUGGUAAGACCAGUCUGUGCAAGGCUUUGGCCCAAAAGCUGGCCAUAAGAUGUCGCCCGGUAUUUCGCCACACUCAUCUUAUAGAAAUCAAUUCACAUUCUUUAUUUUCCAAAUGGUUUUCCGAGAGCGGUAAAUUGGUGAUGCGUUUGUUUGGCAAAAUCAAAGAAAUCAUAGCAGAUAAACAUAAUUUGGUGUGUGUGCUCAUAGAUGAGGUCGAAUCCUUGGCCUAUGCUAGGGACUGUAUGUCGGGUCAGGAACCCAAAGAUGCCAUGCGUGUGGUAAAUGCCCUGCUAACACAACUGGAUAGUAUUAAGGAGCAUCCAAAUGUACUGAUAUUGGCCACUUCAAAUUUAGCCGAUACCAUAGAUUUGGCGUUUUUGGAUAGAGCUGAUAUUAAGCAAUAUAUUGGCUUACCCAAUGAACUGGCUAUACGCAGAAUUUAUGAGUCCAUGCUUAUCGAGCUAAUGAGAGUGGGUUUGGUGGAUUCAGAGGCUUCAUUCAAAUCGGAUGAUAAACAUGAGGGUUUGUUAAAAGAACUGGCCAAAAGAAGUAAAGGUCUUAGUGGCCGUACUUUGAGGAAGCUACCCUUUUUGGCCCAUGCCACUUAUUGUUUUAAUAUGGAAUUUGAUUGUUCGCAAAAGAUAAUAUUGGCCGAUUUUCUAGAUUCUUUGCUGGAAGCCUUGGAUAAAUAUCAUCAGGACCAGCAGUUAAUGAAAUCGAAUAAAAAUGAUUAGAAAAAAAUCA